CCUUGCCCCGUGUCGUCAUAAAUUGACGUCCUCAUACCCAAAAACAAGCACCAGCGAUGGUAUCUCCAGCAAUGUCGGAAGCCAACAUAAAUUCUCAUGGCGAAGCGGAUUCCAAAGUGCUACAGUACGAACGGUUCAUUGACGAAGUACUGAAGAAAGAUUUACAAAAGGUGAUGGAGCAACGAGAUGCCGUUUAUGAGCAAAUAUCUCAUUACUUGCAGCUGAAAAACACUUUGGAGGCGCUGCAGGAGACAGACUCUCACGACCUCAAGGCAGACGUUGACCUGGGCUGUAACUUUUACGUUCAGGCUAAAGUAGAGGACUCAUCCAGGAUCUUCGUGUUGGUCGGCUUUGGAUUCUUUGUAGAAAUGGACCAUGCUGAAGCUCUUAGCUUCAUAGACAAGAAGACAGGUCAACUGACAGCCUUCACAGAUCAGCUCACCAAAGACUGUGCCAAAAUUAGGGCAAACAUCCGCCUGGUGCUGGAGGGUCUGCGAGAACUUCAGGGCCUGGUGGACCUUCCAGAAUGUAGCAGAAGAGAAGUCUUCUAGGCUUUGGUUUCUUUGGACACCUCAUGAGGACGGGCAUGGUCCAGUAGCACACGCUCAGGAGGAUAAACUUGAACAUUUUAGUUUUUCUUCUGUGGUGAGCAGAUUUUGUGGAUGAUCAUGGAUGUAGACAUGUCCUAGCAGACAGAUGUCCUGCUUUGUCCAUGCCUGUGGAUUGAGUGUCACUUAAUGAAGCAGCUUUGACAUCCAAGGACUGAUAAUUGCCACUUUGACGCAAUACUCAAUCAAUGCAGCAUCAGAAAGGACUGGACAAACAAUUGUUCAAAUAAAGUCCUCGAAGGAACACAUUUGCAGCUUGCUCACAUGCACAUUUCUCAAAAUAAAAGCAACACACUGUGUGGAAUUUUGGUGUUCAUUUCAUGCAUUGAUUGGUUGGGUUAUUAAAAUAUAUAUUUUUAAUCCA